AUGAGAAAUCAGAUAGACCUGCUGGCCACUGUCACGGUUUUGGGAGUCCUGGAGCAAGCCUAUUUUGUGCUGCAGGUGAUAUAUGCCCGGCGAAAGUACAAGAUCUCCCCUCCCAUGACAACCGGUCACCCUGAAUUUGAGCGGAUCUUCAGAGCUCAGGUGAAUUGCUCAGAGUACUUCCCGAUCUUCAUCUCGCUCCUCUGGGUUGCUGGAAUCUUCUUCCAUCAAGGUGCGGCUGCUGCGUGUGGGCUGCUCUACCUCUACACCCGCUUCAAGUACUUCCAGGGAUACACCGUGGCUGCGCAGGGACGGUUGGGGCCGCUGUACGCCAGCACCUGGCUACUCUGGGCGCUGCUGGGGCUAGCGGUGGCCGGGCUCCUGGCCCAUUUCUUGCUGUCCCCCUCCUCUGCAUGGAUGGCAGCGCUGGCGCGGCCCCUCCAGCUGCUCGGCGCCUGGUGA